UGUCACGAUCGACUUCACUAUUUUCAGCAGGUGAAACGACUCGAAAGGCUUGACGAGAUCCUGAUUACGGCACGUUCGGCUCGAUAAGACAUCUCCCGGCCGGUGGCUAAUCCGAUUAUCGGAGAUAUCUGAAAUGAAUUUUCGGUUUAUCUCAUCAAGGUGGCGCGAGCUCGUCGCUAAAUUCCACCGCACCUGCGAUUAGCGAGCCGUUUCCAUCCAUGGGCAACACAUUGGAUACCAGGAGGAAAUAAUGAAUGCGUUAUCUAAAUACAUUUACCGGUCCCCCCGGGGUGACACCCGUGACAUUUGAUGCCUUAAGGUAUCUCUCUUGCGGGAAAUCUUGUCUUAUCAUAAUGAGCAUUCGGUUGUAUACUCGUUCGCAGACAAUGGCGCAACGUAUAUAACGGCUGAUUCACGCUCCAGUUUCGAUAUUUGUUUCGUUCAAAGAAUGCGCAGGAAUUGCUUUAAUUCGUAGUUGGACGUCGCGCGGACAACAUGCUCCGAAUCGUUAUCGUCGCGGUCCUUUGCUGCGCUUCCGUGCAGAUCACGGCUUUCGAAUUCGCCGAUUGCGGCUCCAAGCUCGGCCGAUUCACAGAAGUGUCGGUUUCGGGUUGCGAGACCAGCCAGUCGGUAUGCGUUCUAAAACGUGGCACGAACGCAACUAUUGAAAUUCAAUUUAUUGUUGACCAAGACAUCAAGGAUGUCCGCGCGGUAGUCUUUGGAGUUAUCCUAGAUGUUCCCGUGCCGUUCCCGAUACCGAAUUCGGAUGCCUGCUCGGAUACUAAUUCUGGUCUCACAUGUCCCCUGGCAAAAGGUGGAGAGUAUCGUUAUAAAACUUCGCUGCCAGUGUCGAAGAAAUAUCCGACGGUGCGAGUGAACAUCAAAUGGGAACUUCUCAAUGAAGCCAAUGAAAAGAUCGUGUGUGUCUUGUUUCCUGCAGCACUUCGGUAAAAAACACAAAUCGACUUAUCUGUAUGGGUGUAUGUUUAAAUGUAUCUUACAUACAAAUAUAAAACUGUAAAGAUCGAUGAGAGUUCGAUAAAGAAUAAAACGGUUAAACAUUUUUCCACUGUU